UCAAAAAGAGAUGUUCAUUAACCUUUGGAUCUCAUCAGCCAGGAUGCAUUAUAGUAAACAUCUACUUGUCGUCACAAUUGUUAUCUGGGCUUCAGCUGCACAGUUCCUUGACGAAGAGUGGAUCCUGUGGAAAUCCAAAUAUGGUAAAAAAUAUGCCACAAAACAGAUUGAAGUGUUUCACAGGAACACAUGGGAAGCUACCUGGCAUAAAGUACAAAAACACAACCAGCUGGCAGAGCAAGGACUUCAAAAUUACACUUUGACAAUGAAUCAUUUUGCAGACAUGAACCAGGAAGAAUUGAAUUCCUACAAAGGCCUUCAAUUGAAGAGGAGAUUCCCACCAUCAAAUCAUUCCAAGAUCCAUCAGGGAAAACUUACCAAUGUUCCAGAUGAAUUUGACUGGAGAAAAACGGAAUGUGUGACUCCAGUUGGUGAUCAAGGCCAAUGUGGUGCAUCUUGGGCUUUUGCAACGGCGGGCAUUAUUGAAACACGUUAUUGCGUUGAGAAGCAUGUUCUAGUCGAACUGAGUAAGCAGCAACUUGUGGAUUGCGAUAUGUAUGACGAUGGGUGCAAUGAAGGCCAUCCACUUAAUGCUCUGGUGUAUAUUUCAAAUGAAAAAGGCAUUAUGAGGAAUGAAGACUAUACAUAUUUAGAAAAGAAAUCUAAAUGUUUAUAUGACGAAACUAAAGCAAUAAAAUUUAGCGAGACAGAUUUCUAUUACGUGACUGGGGAAGACAACAUGGCAAUAUCCGUGGCACAAGAUGGACCUAUUACUGUUUUAAUAGCAAUUUCUGAAGAAUUCAUGCAGUAUUCAACAGGAAUAUUUGACGGAAGUUGUCCUGGAAUAAUAAAUCAUGCAGUAAUCAUUGUGGGUUAUGGAAGUGAAACAAGUGGACACAGUCCAGAUAUAAAACAAGAUUACUGGAUAAUUAAGAAUAGUUGGGGUGAAGGAUGGGGAGAAGGCGGUUAUGCAAGAAUGAAGAGAAAUGUUAACCAGUGCAAAAUAGCAUCUGAGGCAGUUUCAAUGGAUUUCACAGUCGCUUGAAGAACAGCUUGUGUUCCAGCAAAUGUCCCUAUGGCUAAGAAGAAUAUCUACCUCACUGUAGAGGGUUUCACUUAUUAAAGCAAUCUUGAGAUGAGCUCUUAUCAGAUAAAAUUGGUAAAUUGUAUCAUGACUUGCUGUUUAUCUUGCUUUUAAUUCAAAACUUGUUUCAGCUUGUAUGCAAAGAAAAUAAUUAGAAUUUUGAUUUAUACUUUUACACAAAAGAGGCCUUAAUGAUGGUGGGAAAUUGUUAUUUGAAUAAAGAAGAAAACAGCCUGUAAGCUAAAAUAUAAAAGGGGAGAUUUAUUAAGACAAGAGUGUUAUUCUGGGACAAUAAGGAGCAAUCACCAUAGAAACUAUUAGAAUGUUUCUCAAACUUAGCUCUUUGCACCCAAAAUAACAAAUGUGUUGCCUUUAUAAAUCUUGCACAAAAUUAGUUAUAUCUAUUCGUGACGUGUCAUUAAAUGGGGAAAGAGGACUCAAAAACCACAAAAGCAAUAGAAUGCCAGUCUGUCUAUUCAACCUAUUUAUAAAUGAUCUUAAAAUAUUUAUUAUAAACCAUGUUUCAGUGUUUGCAGAAGACACAAAACUCUGUCAAGUAUUACAAUGUGAGCAAGAUAUUACUUUGCUGCAGAGGGAUUUAGAUAGAUUGGGGGACUGGGCACUCAAAGGGCAGAGGACAUUUUUUUGUAGAUAAAUGGGAAGUUAUUCACUUCAGGAUAAAGAAUGCACAAGUAACUUACCCCUAAAUGGUAGUGAAUUAGGGAUAACACAUGAGAAGGAUUUGGGAAAGGUUCUAGACAUCAAACUAAGCAACAAUGUCCACUGUCAAUCAGCAGUUGCUUGCUUAGACCAAGCAGGUGUUAGCAUGUAUAAAAAGGGCAUUUCUUCUCACGAUGAAAAUAUUAUUUUGCCUAUUUAUAAAUCAGUGUUAAUCUCUAAAUGAUGAAGGCAAUUGUCCAAGUUCUGAUCAAAACAAAAUGUAAACAAAACCUUGAAUUUGCGCUAUAUGUCUGUUAAAUUUACCUCUUUUGUAUUAA